AGAAUCUCCCAAACAUGAGUGAUAAAGGAUCAUCGGUCUUCAUGAAAUCAUAUUUGUUAUCCGAUGACCAGAUCAAAGUAAUUGUUAACCUUUUUUCUUUUUAAUAGAAAAGGCUAUGGUGCAUAUUAUUUGUUUCCUUUAACAUUUCUACUAUACCCUCAGAAAUCUUUUAUUUCAAACUGCAGAUGCUUGUCUGGUGGAUUGCAGCUUCUGCGGAGCAGAUUUACGCUAUGCACACCUUCAGGUUCAACACAUGUCUUCGAUAAGAUUUUAUAUACUCCCGAUAUUGUUUUUAUAAUUUUCUUGAUUAGGAACAUUUCAUUACGCUCUGCCACACCUUGUCGUAUCAUGAAUCUUUGGAUGUCUCUCCACUCCCUUCAUUGUUGGUCAAUUUCUGCCCUUAGCAGUGAGUUAGGGAUAUUCAAAUGAAAAAUGUACAUUAAAAACGGUAAGUUACAUCAUAGGAAUAAUGCUAUACCAUUGUCACAACAAAUUUUAGGGGCUGAUCUAACUAGUGCGAACUUUGAGGGAGCUAAUCUUGAAGGAGCAAAUUUGAAGGGCGCAAAACUUUCAAACCCCAAUUUGAGGGGUGCAAACCUACAACGAGCCUAUUUGCGAUAUGUGAAUCUUCAAAAUACUCAAUUGGAAGGUGCAAGACUGGAUGGGACAAAUUUACAGGUUGGAAUCAGAUGAACAAGUGUUUAAGGUGUAUGAUUCAAGGAAUAUCACUAUGCUUUUAUAAGUAUAUAGCAUGCAUAUAUAUAAUAUCAUUCUGAUUCCCUAUUCAUUAAAUUAUACGACAUAAAAUCUAGGGUGAUGCUUGACAAUCAAAAUCAUUUGGUUGGAUUAGUAGAUAUAUUAUUUACU